AUGGUUGCUUAUGUUAAUGAUAAGAUUCCUGACAAACUCAUUAUGGGUAAUCCAAUCCUAGAACUUCAUCCUGAAUUAUUAGUCUCUCCGGUCAGGAACAUUGAAUGUGAUUUUAUUCGUGAAGGUACAGGGGAAGAUAAUUAUGGUAAAGAAGUUGAAGAUAUUUUCAUCAUCGAUAUAGAAAAGCCACGUGAGAAAUGUGAAGGGAAAGACUCAUUUGCGACAUUACCUCGAAAACUACAAGAGAAAUUUAAGGAUACAGUUAAAAACGAUUUAGGCAAAUUAGACACAGAUAGAGAGGCAAUUGUUGAAUAUGAGAUCUACAUAAAAGAUGGUAAAAGACCCCCAAGACAACAGGCAUAUAGACUAUCGCCCAAAUUAGGGAAAGUAACAUCAAAUCUGAUUAAUGAAUUAUUAGAUAAUACUUUCAUAACUCCAUCUAAAUCCCCAUACUCAUCGCCUAUUGUAUUAGUAAAGAAGAAAGAUGCCUCGUACCGGUUAUGUGUAGAUUACCGAGCACUCAAUAAGGUGACGUUAAAGGAUCCAUUUCCUUUACCUAGAUUAGUUCUCGAAAAUUGGUCAGGCUAA